UUUUUUUAAAAAUCCUCACAGGCCAUGGACCACACAAUGAUGGAUAGUCCUGUGACCUUGGUAAUUAAAGCUCCAAAUCAAAAAUAUGAUGAUCAGACAAUUAAUUGUUUCUUGGACUGGACAGUAGAGAAAUUGAAAUCUCACCUCUCUAAAGUAUAUCCCAGCAAACCGAUGACAAAGGAUCAAAGGCUUGUAUACUCUGGUAAACUUCUUCUUGAUCACUUGCGUUUGAAAGAUGUUCUCAGGAAACAAGAUGAGUAUCACAUGGUUCAUCUAGUGUGUGCUUCCCGGACCCCUCCUAACUCUCCUAAAAUCUGCUCCAGUAGGGAUAAUGGAGCCACAAGCACCCACAGAAGAACCGAAAGUGAACGCUUUUCUAGAUCAGAACAAUCAGGACCAGCCUCCACUGUGUCACCAGCUCAAGACAUGCCAUCAACAUCCUCUAUAUCAAGGCCUGAAGAAAACCUAAGAAAUCGACAUGCUUCUCAAAUGUACACUAACCCUAUACAUAACCAACCUUUUUCUUAUUUUAGACAACACCCUGUAGGUAAUCCAGUUCCUGGGCAAGGAGGCCCUGCUGUGUUUCCAGUCUUUUCAGCCAUCAGCCCUUUACAAGUGAUGUGGUGGCAGCAGAUGUACGCCCGACAGUACUACAUGCAGUACCAAGCAGCAGCCAGUCAUCAGACUACACAAGAAACUCAGAGUGAACGUCCAGCCAGCCCACCUGCCAUUAAUUCUGAAAGACCUCCUCCAAACCCUCCUAGAGCUGUUCCGAAUGUUGCACCUGAAGUAAACCCAAAUGUACAAAUGAAUGCUCAGGGUGGGCCAGUGAUGAAUGAAGAAGACAUAAACCGUGAUUGGCUUGACUGGCUUUACACAGUGUCUCGAGCAGCCAUCCUUCUCAGCAUAGUGUAUUUCUACUCUUCCUUCAGCCGCUUUGUAAUGGUCAUGGGUGCUAUGAUACUUGUGUAUAUGCAUCAGGCUGGAUGGUUUCCAUUUCGACAAGAAGGUCAACAGCCAGCAAGAGUCAAUGUUGUAGAUGUGGAUCGAGAGAGAGCAGACAAUGAUUUUCAGGACAUGGAACGUAGGAUGGAUGAAGGAUUGGUGGAUGAGGGAAGAGAUGACACAGGAGAUGAUGCAGCAGCAGUUCCACACCCAGGACUUGUGGCAUCUGCAUGGUCCUUCAUUACAACCUUCUUCACAUCACUGAUCCCAGAAGGCCCUCCAUAAAUUGCAAAUUACGCUACGAAUUUACUGCCAGCUGCAUUUAAAAGAAGAACAGGGGGAUCCUUAGAAAAAGUGUUUCAGAAAAAAAAACGUGCAAUCAAACUUUUUUCAUUUGUUUUUGUUGUACUGUACAGUUUUUUUUUCCUUCCUAUUUCAAGCACAAGGUGGACUUAUAAUUUCUUUCUCUUUAAAAAAAGAAAGUACACACUUUAGAGAAGUAUAAAAGGUAAGAGGAUGUGUCUUCCAUGUGUUUUUUUAUUUUGUCUUUAUCAAAAGCAUUUAAUGUAUGCUAUGUUCGUCUUUCAAGACUGCCUUUAGCUCACCAACUUGUCAAGAGUGUUAAACCCUAAAUUCAUGUUGAAUAAAUGGUAUUAAUUCUCUUCUGGUGGCAGAUAAAACCUUCUAUUCAGUAGUAUGUUCUGUUACUGAAGAGUGCUGGUUGUGAACAGGAGGAGCAGAGCGGGUGUGUGUCUAUAAUAUAUAGAGAUUUAAUCGCCAAACAGAAAUGGUUUAUUGAAUAAGACCCAAUGCUUUUUCUAAUUGUGAGUGCCAGUUCCUAAAAAUAGUGUUACAUCAAUCUAUUGGCACCGGGGGGAGUUAAGUAUGAAAAGUAAUUUAAAGGGGAAAUCUCUAGUAGUAGAACAAUCUGUUUCCAUGGGGAUUGCUCAACUGUUAAAUAUUUCUACUAGAAUUGCUUUUUGUAUGUAACCAGUCUCUUGAUUUACUGUAUAGUUACAAAUUGUGUUUUGAGCCUUUUGAAAUGCCUUAAAUAAUGGUAAUGAUACUAAACGUAAGACAAAGAAAACAAAUGGGACUUACAUGGUGGAUAUCUAUGGCAAAGCAUGGUAUGAAAGGUGCUAGUUUUAUAGGACAGAAGUGAUACUUUGCUGUCCCUGUAUUAUUGUAAGGUAUUAUUUCAUAGUAUUAACAUAUUUUUCUUUGUUUCACUUUUAAUAAAUCUUAUCGUGAACCUUUAA